AUGAUCGUGGGGUUCUUGUAUCUCGGUUUACUGGCAACGACUGUCAAUGCCGCCAAUGUCGCCGAUCUAGUCGGCACUUGGACUACAAAGUCCCGCACCGUUGAGACAGGUCCAGGCUUCUACGAUCCCGUUAACGACAAGCUGAUUGAGCCGGAUCUACCGGGCAUCUCGUACUCCUUCACAGCCGACGGCCACUAUGAAGAGGCGUACUAUCGCGCCCUUGCUAACCCCACCGACCCUUCCUGUCCCAAAGGGAUCAUGCAAUGGCAGCAUGGCACGUUUACCAUGAGUAGCGAUGGUGUCCUAGAACUGUCACCGAUCGAGAAAGACGGACGCCAGCUCGAGUCAGACCCUUGCUCGUCGUCCCUGGGAACAUACACAAGAUACAACCAGACCGAACGGUUCAAUUCCUUCAAGGUUUCUAUCGAUCCUUACCACAAUGUUCAACGUCUUGACUUGCACUAUUUCGAUGACUCGCCCAUGCACCCGAUGUACCUCGCCUACCGGCCUCCACAGAUGCUCCCCUCGGGCUCCCUGGAGUCAGUCACGAAGAAUGGAAAGCGCAAACGCGAUGUCGGCAGCCAGACCGAGUCGGUUUUCCGGAUGACGAACUUGAUUAAACGCGAGGACCUUGUCGACCCCGAUCGGUGGCUGUGGCUGGGGGUUCUCAUGACUGCUCUUGGCGGGAUCACCGUGUUUUAUUCCUGA